AUGGUAGAAAUCGGGAAGAACAAUGUCGAUAAUGGAAAAAUCAAUGCAAGGGUGGAUAGGCAGGAUGAGACUUUGAGGAACAUCCAAAUGCCACAAUUAAAUCUGGAUAAACAAGUUGCAAAAGUAGCUAAUUCGCUCAACUUGCACCCACAAGGAGGUUUACCGGGUGACACUGAGCCCGACCCUAAGCAAUUGAAUGUUGUGAUUACCAGAAGUAGGCUACAACUAGAGGAACUAGCUCAAAAAAAUAGAGAUAUUGAGGUAGUGAGUAGUGAAAAUAAGCAAGAAGAGGUGGUAGAUAACUCCAAUUUUGAGAAGAGUGUUCCUCAAAUGAAACCACCUCAUCCAUUUCCACAAAAGUUCAGAAAGCAGAAUGAAGAUGAAUGCUUCAGUAAGUUUCUCUCUCUCCUUAUACAGGUUCACAUUAAAAUUCCUUUGGUUGAUAUUUUGCAGGGAAUUCGUAAGUAUUCCAAGUAUGUGAAAGUGGUAGUGGCUAACAAGAGGAGGCUCAUAGAGUAUGAAAUGGUAACACUUACUGAGGAGUGCAGUUCUCGAAUUUAG